AUGUCCAAUAAUACUUUUUAGUCUUAGGAAGAGAACAAAGAAAUAGAAGAAAGCAAGAAUGAUCUCUAGCAGUAUUUGAUAGAAGCAUAAGAUGGGUAAAGAUCAAACUCAAAUGAGUAGAGCAUAGCUGAGAGUGAAGUUAAUUUAAAUAAAUCUAAUCUGAUGGGUGAAUUCCCUGGUAUUUGGUAGCACACUAAAAUUCUAUUGUGGAAGAAUUUCAUUAUUCAAAAAAGAAAUCUUAAAAGUCUUCUAUUCAUCUUGUUUGGUCCUUUAAUUAUCUGCUCAAUUAUAAUAGGUUUUUAAUAUCUAGCUGAUGAUUAAACCUAGCACUCAGAUAAAAGUCCCCCUUUACAUCCAAUGUAACCAAUCAUUCCUUGCGCAAAGUAUUCUGAUGAUCCUGAUAAUUGUUUUACAUUUGGUUAUGGAGUUAUUGGGAAUGAAAAUGCUUCACCUUGGAUUGAUUAUGCUAUCAAUUUUGUGGCAAAGGUCAAUAAAAUGAACCGUACCAAAGAAUUCAGAAACGUUCUUUCAGCUUAAGAUGGAGCUGAGUACAAUAACAAAUACAUAAAGUAUUUUAAUACUUCUAGUAACUAAGGUCUUUUUGAUUAUGGUAUAGUAUUUUGCUCUGAUACUUUUAUGGAAAUACCUAGAUUAGGUACAAAGAGUGAUAUGAUAAGAGUAGACUGUAGAAAGGCUAAUUUCUAGAUGGAUGGAAAUGUUACUUAUGACGGUGGAAAAUCUAUUGAUACUAUCUAAAAAAGUUACUUCUACACAAUAGUGUAUAAUAAUACAUGGGAAAUGUAUGAGCAGUAAAGUGAUACAGUAAGUAGUUUUUCCUUCCCUAAAGAUGGCUGGCUUAUUACUCUAAAAGCUCUGUUGGAUAGUGCAAUAAUUAAUUAUGAGCAAGGAAUAAGAUUAGAAGAUUAUGAAUAAGAUAAUAAUCCUUCUUCUUUAUUGGGUUCAAAUGAAUAAAAUAGCAAAGUAGAUGAAAAUUUGAUGAAACUCAUUAGAUUUAAUAUUACUAAUUAAAGCUAUGCAUUUCCUUCCUCAAGAUUUUAUGACGGCUUUAAUAUUAUUAAUCAGAUGGGAGCCUUUUACUACUUCCUUAUGCCAAUGUACUUGUUUGUGUAAAUUCAAGGUGAUAUUGUUAUGGAAAAGCAAAGACGUCUUCGUGCUGGUCUUAAUAUUCAAGGUGUUAGUCAUACAGCUUUUUAUUUAAGCUGGUUUUUGACUAGUAUUACCUACUCCAUUCUUAUUUCUAUUUUACAAAUUGUUACAUCCUUGAUAUUUUAAUUCGAUUUCUUCCUCGAUACGCCUUUUUUCAUAUUGUUCUUCUUAUUCUUCUUUUUUACUCUCUCAAUGUAAGUUUUUGGCUAUUUUAUUGCUACAAUUAUGCCAAACACUAAUAAAAGCUACUCAUUUAGUUAUGGUUUCGUUUUAUUUGCUGUUGUUAUUGAACUUUUCCUUAGUAAACCGGAUGCUAUUAUUCCAUACUUAUAUAACACUGAAAGGCCUGCUUGGAUUAUGCUAUUUGUUUUCUUUUUAAAUAUGUAUUCUCCUUUCUAAUAUACCCUUAUAUUUGUUGCUAUUUCUCAGAAAUCUGGUAUACACUUUGAUUCCCAAGCAUCUGUAUGGACUCGUGGUUCAGGAUAUACCUGGUCAGAUAUCACCGAUACUCUUAAGGGUUAAGAAAGAGGAAUAAAUUUCGAAGCUCCUUGCCCUCUUUAAAGUUUCCUUCUUCUUUUACUUAUGUCAUUCGUUUAUGGCGUUUUAACUUGGUAUUUCGACCAUAUUAUUUCAAGCAAUAGAGGUAGUAGUCAUCCAUGGUACUUCCUAUUCACUCCAAGCUAUUGGAGAGGUGUUUUUAAUAUCCGCCAGUUAAAAAGAUAAAGUUAAUCUUAUUUGUUUGAAUAAAAUGAAAAACCUGAAAGUAGUAGUCAAAGACCCUAAUCUUAUUUAAAUGAUUAAAGCAGAAUUUCAAACAACCAAAGAUAUUUUACUGUUCAUGAAGAAGAAGAAAGAGUCAGAAAUAGAUUCUUCAAAGAUGAAAAAUGUGAUGGCUUGAGAAUUUUCAACAUAAAAAAGAACUUUAUUGAAAAAAGAUCUAUUUUCAAAAAACCUAAUAUCAUCAGAGCAGUUAGAGGAUUAAGCUUAGAGAUUGGCAACAAUGAAAUUUUAGGCUUAUUAGGUCACAAUGGAGCAGGAAAAACAACUCUUUUAAAUAUGUUAUGUGGGCUUUUGAACCCUACAAGUGGUAGCGUUGUUGUUAAUAACUAUAGCUUAUCUGAAGAAUUAGAAAAGAUUAGGCAAAUAAUUGGUAUUUGUCCAUAAUUCGAUAUUUUAUGGGAUGAUUUAACAGGCUUAGAACAUCUUGCUUUAUUUGCUAGAAUAAAAGGAAUGAACCCUAAGUAUAUUGAUAAAAUUGGCAAUGAAAUGUUAAAAAUGGUUUAGUUAGAGCAUGUUGCUAAUGCAUAUAGCAGAACAUACUCUGGUGGUAUGAAGCGUAGAUUAUCAUUGGCUAUUUCUGCUUAAGGAAAUCCAAAAGUUAUUUUAUUAGAUGAGCCAACUACAGGAAUGGAUCCUAAGAGUAAGAAAGAAGUUUGGAAUUUGAUAUAAGCUAUUCGUAAAAAUAAAUCAAUUAUUCUUACAACACAUUCAAUGGAAGAGGCUGAUGUAUUGAGCGAUCGUAUUGCUAUUAUGGUUUCUGGAUAAAUUUAAGCCAUAGGAACUAGUCUUAAGUUAAAAGAUUUGUAUGGAGGAGGAUACAGAAUGCAUCUAAUAAUUAAAAAUCCUACUGUUAACAGUGAAGAGGUUUAGAAAUUUUUAAAUUAGAAUUUCCCUACAAUAAAACUCUUAAAAGAGUCAAGUGGUAGUAUGAUCUUUGUAUUGCCAGAUAAAUAAGUUGUAAAAAAAAUAUUCGAGAUGUUUGAGUUGUAUGAAUCUCCUCUCAAAAAUAAGUUGAAUUCAGAAGAAGUUUUAGAUAGCACAUUCUUUAAGUCUAAUUUAAUGAUAGACAAAUCAAGAGUUCAAGAUCUUGAUUUUUAGAUGGACUAAUAAAACAUGAGAUAUUCUCUAGGCUUCUUCGAAAUGAUAGAAGAUUGGGGAAUUUCCCAUCCUACUAUCGAAGAUGUAUUUAUUUAGGUUACUGAUGAAGAAUAACAGUUAGAAGAAGAAGAGGAUAAGUAAAAUUAAGAGAAAAAUAAGAAAUGA